AUGAAGAACAACACACCAGAGAAUCCCAAGCUUCCAAUGGACGGCGGAUGCGCCUGCGGCCUCGUACGGCACCGCAUUUGCCCUGAACGCAGUCAUCGAAUCUACCCUCGUCACUCUCUCCCCCAGCCCCAGCAACCGUCCCCGCGUCUGCGUCUGCCCAGCGCGACGCAAAACCAGGCCCGCCAACCGCAGUAUGACGACGACCAGGUCGUCGAGCCCGAAUCGAUCCUCACCCCAUCUGAAUCUGGCACGGGGCAGAACAUCGCAAGAUGCCCCCAGUGCCAUGUGGCAGUUUGGUCAAACUACGGCAGGGCGGGGCCGUUUUGCCGAUUCAUUCGUGUGGGAACACUGGAUGAGGCGUGGAAAGUUGGGCCGGAUGUUCAUAUUUAUACGCGAAGCAAGAGGAGCUUCGUUAGGCUGGAUGAUGGGGUACCGCAGUUUACGGGGUUUUAUCCCGGUGUUGAGGAGGUCUGGUGUGAACAGAGCUUGGAGAGGUGGGCGAAGAUUUGGCCGGAGAUUGUCAAGUAUAAGGAGGGCUUGGUUUAG